AUGGUGCUAGCCCAGUCCUCCUCCACCCUCACCACCGGGUCCACGGAGACAACCACAAGCUAUAGGGCCAUCUUCACUGUCCCCUUUGACUCAGAUGACGGCCAGACGCUGCUGCCAAACAUCAAUGACCCCGAGGCUGUCGAUGUGCAGACCGUGUGUCCAGGAUACACAGCCUCCAAUGUGCAGACUUCGGACACGGGCCUGACCGCCGACCUGGACCUGGCCGGAGCUGCCUGCAGCGUCUAUGGAAACGAUGUUGCCAACCUGACCUUGACCGUCGAGCACCAGGACACAGGCCGCCUCAACGUUGCCAUCCAGCCUCGCUUUAUUGGCUCUGACAAUGAGACCUGGUUCCUCCUCCCAGAGGCCAUUGUACCCAAGCCAACCUCAAGCGGCGGCGCGAGUUCCAGCAACAGCGAUUUUGAGCUGUCCUGGACCAAUGACCCUACCUUUGCCUUUACCGUGACCAGAAAGUCUACUGGGGAUACCCUCUUCACCACCAACGGCAGCAAGCUUGUCUACGAGGACCAGUUUGUCGAGUUUGUCUCGCCCCUCCCGGAGAACUAUAACCUGUACGGCCUGGGAGAGACCAUCCACGGCUUCAGGCUUGGGAAUAACCUUACGAGGACCCUGUAUGCCGCUGAUUCUGGUGACACCAUCGACUACAACAUCUAUGGCUCGCAUCCCAUCUAUCUCGACACCAGGUAUUUCUCCCAGGGCGAGAACGGCAGCCUCGCCUACGUGGCCAACGCCACCGACACCUCUGCUCAGUACACGCCCUACACCCACGGCGUGUUUCUGCGGAACGCACACCCCCAGGAGAUCCUGCUCCGUCCUGAGGGCAUCACGUGGCGCACCCUGGGCGGCAGCAUCGACCUCUACUUCUACUCGGGCCCGUCAGCAACGGCUGUCGUCCAGGACUACCAGACCAGCACCGUGGGCCUGCCUGCCAUGCAGCAGUACUGGACCUUUGGCUUCCACCAGUGCCGCUGGGGCUACCAGAACUGGUCCGUCCUGCAGGACGUGGUCGACAACUUUGCCAGAUUCAACAUCCCCCUCGAGACCAUCUGGACGGAUAUCGACUACAUGAACCAGUACAGGGACUUUGACAACGACGCCAUACGGUUUGGCUACGCCGAGGGCGCCGAGUUCCUCUCCAAGCUGCAUGCCAACGGCCAGCACUACAUCCCCAUCGUGGACUCUGCCAUCUACCACCCGAAUCCGGAGAACGCGAGCGACGCAUAUCCCAUCUUUGACCGUGGCGUCGAUGCCGGUGCCUUUAUGCUCAACCCAGACGGCUCUCUGUACAUUGGAAGCGUCUGGCCCGGCUACACUGUGUUUCCAGACUGGGUGGCGGCCUCGCUGGGCACCACCAACGGCACAGGGGCCUUCAGCUGGUGGACGGACGAGAUGUCGCGCUGGCACCAGAACGUCUCGUGGGACGGCAUCUGGAUCGACAUGUCCGAGGUCAGCUCCUUCUGCGUCGGCAGCUGUGGCAGCAACAACGUCUCGCUCAACCCGGUCCACCCGCCCUUCCUGCUUCCUGGCGAGCCGGGAGAUGUCAUCUACGACUACCCAGAGGGCUUCAACCUGACCAACGCCACCGAGGCCGCCACCGCGUCCUCCCUCAGCGCAUCACAGUCCUCUGCCGCAGCAACAUCAACGUCGUCGUCCUCGCCCUCCUCCUCCUACCUGCGGACGACGCCUACACCGGGCAGCCGCAACGUCAACUACCCGCCUUAUGUGAUCAACAACGUCCAGGGCGACCUCGCCGUGCACGCCGUAUCGCCCAACGCCACCCACCACGGCGGCAUGCUAGAGUACGACUUCCACAACCUCUUUGGGCACCAGAUCCUCAACGCCACGCACCAGGCCCUGCUGGCCGUGUCCCCCGAGAAGCGGCCCUUCAUCAUCGGCCGGUCGACGUUUGCCGGCACAGGCAAGUGGGCGGGCCACUGGGGCGGCGACAACUACAGCCUCUGGGCGUACAUGUUCUUCGCCAUCCCGCAGGCGCUGGCCUUCUCGCUCUUCGGCAUCCCCAUGUUCGGCGUCGACACGUGCGGCUUCAGCGGCAACUCGGACAUGGAGCUGUGCAGCCGGUGGAUGCAGCUCAGCGCCUUCUUCCCCUUCUACCGCAACCACAACACCCUCUCCGCCGCCCCGCAGGAGCCCUACCGCUGGGCCGCCGUCAUCGACGCCACCAAGGACGCCAUGGCCAUCCGCUACAGCCUGCUGCCCUACCUCUACACCGCCUUCGCCCACGCCCACGACACGGGCAGCCCCGUCAUGCGCGCCCUGGCCUGGGAGUUCCCCGCCGAGCCCUGGCUGGCCGCCGCCGACAGGCAGUUCCUGCUGGGCCCCGCCCUCCUCGUCACCCCGUGCCUGGAGCAGGGCGCCUCCACCGUCGACGGCGUCUUUCCCGGCUCUGGAGACGGCGCCACCGUCUGGUACGACUGGUACAACCAGACCGCCGUCACCGGCGUCGCCAGGGGCCAGAACGUCACCAUUGCGGCGCCCCUGGGCCACAUCCCCGUGUACAUCCGUGGCGGCAACGUCGUGCCCACACAGGCGCCUGGCUUGACCACGAGCGCGAGCAGGCAGAACCCUUGGGGCCUGCUGGUCGCGCUGGACCUGACGGGGAGCGCAAACGGGACCUUGUAUCUGGAUGAUGGCGAGAGCGUGACGCCCAACGCUACCACAUGGGUCACGCUAUCUGCCACGAGUACAUCCCUCACGGCCACGCCCUCGGGAAGCUACGAGGACACCCUCCCCCUGGGCAACGUCACCGUCCUGGGCGUCUCAGCGGAUGUGACCAACGUCACACUAAACGGGCAGGCCAUCAGCAGCAGCGGGUGGUCCUACAACAGCGGGUCACAGCUCCUCAGCGUGACCGGGCUGAGCGACCUGACCUCGAACGGGACCUGGAAUGAGGGCUGGACACUGAGCUGGGGCAGCGGAUCCGGGUCUGGGUCUUCCAGCGGCUCGGGCUCGGCGGCCACGGCUACUGGUGGCUCAAGUGGCACGACGAGCACGCCAGUGAGCACUUCUGGAGCUGGGCGGGUGAGAAUGGCGUCUGUUUUCACACUCUUGGCUGUGUUUGUCUGUGCGGUGGUUGUGUUGUAG